GAAGGAGGGAAAGCUCUGAGCACCAUCCCAGGCGUUCGCCGAAGAAUCCUCACCGAUGUCACCCAGGGCGGUCACAGGAUGGUCGAGGUGUUUCAGGACACUACCAACGAUACCAUACUCGACUGCAAUAGCAUCGGCGAUAAGACUCUUAUUGAGGGCGUUUUGAAAGUAAUUCCCGAAGGCUUCAUUGAGAAAGUGACGCAGGAAGAAAUGCAGUAUUUCUUGGACCUGUGCGAUGGCAGGGACCCUAAUAGAGAUAAAAGCCGCUUCCAAUCCUUCUUCGAAUUCAUAGGCAAGAUAUUCCAGAGCCUCUUCAUAUUUCCCGGGACCAAGUGGUGUGGAGCGGGUGAUGUGGCAAAAAACUACGACGACCUGGGACGGAAUAGUGGGACUGACAUGUGCUGCCGCGCCCACGACCACUCGGACGACUACAUCCCGGCACUUAAAACCAAGCACGGCAUCACCAAUAGAAACCUCUACACAAUGACCAACUGCAAGGAUGACCACCAGUUUUACAAUUGCCUAUUGAAUGACAGCAGCCUCUCGUCUGUCGCCGUCGGAAAAAUCUUCUUCAAUGUCCUUCGCACCGAUUGCUUUGCCUACACCUAUCCUAAGAAAUGCGUAAAAAAGAAUCCGAUCCCCAUCCCGAUACUGUUUCCAAGGUGUGAAAAGUACGAGCUUGACGAAUCGGCCCCCAAAAAGUGGCAGAUCUUCCCGCCUUCUAACUUCCUCAAGGACUACUUUGAUAAGAAGCGGAACCAAACAAACCAGGAGCGCCCGACGGCUGCAGAGAACGAUUCAGGAACGGAUACCGAGAACGCAGGUGCUCUGGUCAACAACAAAGAACCCGUAGACAAGACAGCCCUUGGGAACGAAGACAGCUCUGGGAACCUUGUUGAAGCCAGUGAUACCACCCCAGGCGCCUCUGAAGGAUCAGUCUACAACAAUUCGCAGGACGCGGUACCUACGGCGACGAAGUGAUUACUUUUUUUUGCCUGACCUUCAAGGCAAAAACCAAGCUGACUUCCCAAGAUCUAAGGUCUUGAGAGAUCUCAUUUACCGCGACAGAAUAAUAUGUAUAUAGUUUUUUGUUUGUCUACAAAGCGGAUGCACCGAUGAAAUGAAGCAUAAAAGCGGCGAGGCAUUUAAAAUUAUUAGAAUUUUCACCUUCCCUAAAAAUUGGGGCUGAAAAGAGAAUCAAUUAUAGAAAUGUAGAAUUUCACAGGGUGAUUAUCUUACGCCUUCUGCCGCCCUGCGCCCUAUAUAGCUGUAUCAUUCACUUUCUUGUUCUUUUGUAUUUUGUGGCGCUUUUUUAGCCCACUGGUCCAAGAUUCCGUGAACCCAUUGACCCAAAAUGCCGUUUGAAUGCAGUGAUUGUUUUGAGCUGCUAAAAUAAAUACUGGCCGUGUUGUUUGUAAAUCAAGUAUAUUGUGCUAACGGUGUCAAGUGUAAAUGCUGGUUUUAUUCAAACAAAAUGAGAAUCGGGUAGUGCUUUGGGCGAAGUGGUUGGGAGCAUUUUCCUUUCAUAGAUUCUCAUUGCUCAUGCAAUAUUAAAAACCAG